AUGCAGGGGAAGGGAGGGAAGGCAUUGUUUGACCAGGCCAGCACCUCAUACAGUAAACGUGGCAACCAUUUAAACAUUAAGAAUCUUGACAUCAAGGAUAUCAAGAAACAAUUAAGGAAAAGGAAAAGGAGUGAUCAGCAAGACAGGGUAACAAAUAUGGAGAUCAAGGAACCUACAACGAAGAAGAUUUGCCCAGUUUCCAGCAUAACUGUGUCAGCUGACGCAUCACCUGAUGUGGCUAAGAAAGGAAUUUUAGUACAGCGGUCAGUUAGUUUGCGAUCCAGUCUAACAGUCAAAGAUUCUGACUUUGCCAAGAGGUAUAGACUUCUGCCUACUCCAACUAAGCAUCGACCUAGCAAGUCUUGGAGUGAGACAGUCUCUAGCAAUGGAAUCAGUACUACUCUUUCACAGACUGAAAUAAAACGACAAGAGGCUAUUUAUGAAGUUUGCACUGGAGAAGAAAAUGUUGUGGCUGAUUUGAAAAUGAUAAAGGAGGUUUAUUACGCGCCCAUGUACAAACUAAAGUUAAUGAAUGAAUAUGAAUUUAUGAAGAUCUUUGGCUGUUUAGAAGUUUUAUUAGCUCUCCAUCAAGAUCUGCACACGAAAUUAAAAAAUGCAAGAUCAAGCGACGGUACAACGGAUAGUAUAGGAGACAUUAUGUUAAACUGGUUUCCAGGUUUAAGAUGUUACGCACGAUAUUGUGCAAACCAGUUCGAAGCAAAAACCAUUCUCGACGAAAAACUUCGUCAAGGUGGAAGCGUCGCCGACUUUCUGCAGAGAUGCCGUGACUCGCCAUUCAGUCGGAAAUUAGAUCUUUGGAGCUUUUUAGAUUCGCCUAGGAGUCGCCUGGUAAAAUACCCGUUGAUGCUGCGCAGUAUACAGAAAUACACACCGAAAGAGCACUCCGACUGGAGAAAACUUGAACGAGCGAUUUGCCGUUUACAAGACAUUAUAGAAGAAGUGGACAGAAAAACAGGCGAAGCAAAGUGUCAGGAUGUACUCAGUAGAAUAGUUUUCUUGGAUGACAGACAGAUGUGCCCUCAUGUAUUCAAGGCCAAGAAGCUUUUAUGCAACGGCACACUUCGAAAUAAACAUGGAACGAAGCUACACGUGUUUUUGUCGGAGACAGUCUUUCUACUUACUCGUCCGGCAACGAGGCAAAACCGGGCCAGCUAUCAAGUAUUCACGCAGCCAAUCCCAGUCGAGAAUCUCUUGGUUGAAGAUCUCUCGGAUGGUGACGUCAGAAUGGGGGGCUCCUUCAAGACAGCCAUAUCAAGACUUGGUACAGCAAAGCACGUUUUCCGAGUAUCAAGUACAGACAUAGAAAAUGGUCAGUCGCAUACGCUACAAGCUCCCACAGAGCAGGAGAAAAAACAGUGGCUGAAUGCUAUUAGAAGUGUGAUACCCUGUCCGGAGAACUAUAAGACAUACCUUUGAUGUAACGAAGGUGUUCACGUCACGCAACGCCUCAAAUGCUGGACAGAUGCGCUGUGUGCGUCCAUACGCACUGAGGUCGGCUUUUUAGGAAUGAAUCCUCCAAAUAUUACAUAAGGAUUGCCCUUCUGUUGGAAAUUAUUUUUGCGGGGGCGAUGAGUGUCCAAAAUAUCACUAAUGCUGAUAAUUCUGAAAAAAAUUUCUAUCGCCGUUGGAUGGUAUUGUAAUAUCGGUACGAGAUGCGUGAACCGAACUGAAAUACUGGCUGGGUCUCUUAUUACAUAAAAAAAAAAUUAUGAAUUAUUUUAUUUUGAUUGUUUUCACUAAAAAGAGUUGUUUGGGAUUUAUUUAAGUCAUGAGGUUGCGCCUGCCUUGUAGCAGCAUCUUUCUCAAUUUUGCAGAAAAAAGGAGAGUUUGGAAAAAAAAAAAAAACAAACAAAAAACAGCCAGUGCUUUCGCAGGUAGAGUAGUCAUAGUUCUUCAAACGUACCGACAGGUUUCGGUAGACAAAUAUUCUCUCCAGUUUACAGCGAGCUGUAGCAUAAUGUUGUGAAUGUCUUGUUAUAUUUACCACAAAAACUAGAGCUAUUUUGUCCCAACUGUCGAAAGUGCCAAGUGCGACUGUUGUAAGCGCGGGAAUAAUCACUGGCAAUUCACAAUCGGUUCAAAAAAACGGGAAGAGUCACGUUAGUCGAUUCAGGUCUUUGCACCCAAUUGGCUCCGGGAACAGUUUUGUAUUCUGAUUGGUCAACUGAGAAUGCACGCUAUCUUCUGGCCAAUCAUCGAGUUCGGUCUCGAUAACCUGGAGAAAUCUCUAUACACUUGAUGCGUAAGAACGCUUCGUGACCGAUUUUCGAGUCGUUUGAAAGCAGUGAUCCUUUACAAAAUAUUUAGUGAAAAUAUUCUAAAAAGAGAAAUAUUUUAAAAUUAACACGAUACAAAAUAUUGCAUUUAUAAUAAUAAUGAUCAAAUUGAUAAGAAUUUCUUUGGAAAGUUAUAGUAAUAAUCAUAGGUAUACGAGUUAGGAAGAAAUUAGGUGAUCUACAUAUGAAAUGAGCCAAAAACUUUACUGCAAAUUUGGUUUGAAAGUCAUACAGCUUUCUCACACGGUACAUACGGCAUUUUUGUGUACAUAUAAGUGGUGUAAAAAAGUAAAGAGAUUUUUGACACGUUUACAAUUGUCUUUCUCGCGUUGUAUAUUGAUCAGUAUACGUUUCAUUAAAGUGCAAAUUUGUUUCAAAAGUCAUACGACUUUCUAACACAGUUCACACGGAAUUUUUUGUACAUAUAAGUGGUGUAUGAAAGUUAAGAGAGUUUUGACACGUCGCGUUGUGUUUGAUCAGUUUACGUUUUAAUGAAAUCUUUGGUUUGAGAAAUUCUUCGUAUUGUAAAUAGCUUCGGCUAAUCCCCUUUUUCUUUAGAGCCAGAAUUUAUCAAACUUUUGUUUCUUGUUCAAGUUUGGGGUGGGACAAAACGAGUUGCGAAGCAUUUUCCUGCGGUUACUACUUUUUACGUGCUUGUAGAAAGGAAACUUAUCGUUAUCUGUCCAUACAUAGCGACUUCGUGUCGAUCUGUUAACAGUCAUAACAUGCUAGCACUUGAUAUUCAAGAAACCUCAUGUGACAUAUGUUUUUUAAUAAAACUUACAACCAUCAAAUUGUUUUCAAAAUGUACUUCCGAAAAAAUAAAAGAAUAAAACA